AUGUACGAUGGUAUUGGGCUUCAAACUGCCCGUGGGUCGGGCACAAAUGGCUACGUUCAGUCGAAUUUGUCGCAUCUUAUGCAAGCAAGAGUAAGAAUUAACUUUAAAAAAUAAGGAAAAUGCAAAAUUUGCAGAGAAAAAUAGAAUACAACGGCGAGGAAGAUUUGCGUCGCAUGGAAGCCGAGCUGAACAAAAAGCCCAACGAGGACAUCAUGGAUCACAACAGAAAGCGGCAGAUCGAGGUGAAAUGCACCGAACGCGAGAUGCUUCUGGAGGACAACGGCUUGGACGAGGAAGAAAUCGAGCGGGAAGUGGCCGAAUACCGAAAGAAACUGCUGGCACAGCUGGAAUCCGGCGAACUGAACGUCGACAAAGAGUUGGACACCCGAGAAUCUCAUGCGAGGAGACGGGCGGCCGCUCAGAACCGCGACAAGAUGCGGAGUGCGUUGGGAUUGGAUGAUGACUACGUUCCGGGCAGUUCCAUGGCCAAGAUGAACAAAUCUGACGUGGUGGGCGCCGCUUUGGAGGCCGAGCCGCUGAACGAUCAGGACGAGAAGGAUAAGUUGUUGAAAACACUACGACAGCACCAGAAAGACAAGAAAAAGUCGAAAAAGUCGAAGAAAUCCUCUUCUUCCUCCAGUUCCUCUUCUUCGUCGUCUUCGUCCUCAGACUCUGACUCUUCCAGCGAAGAUGAGAAGGACAAGAAGCGUAAGAAGAAGCUGAAGCGAAAGGAAAUGGAGAAAAGACGAGAGAAGCUGAAGCAAAAGGAACGAGAGCUGAUCGACUCGUCGGAGAUCAAAAAAGAAGUGCAUUCGAGCGACGAGGAGACGGAAAAGACGCCGAGAAGACGGGAGAGAACGCCGGAGAAAAACAAAAAGGACGACAGAAGACGUGAUCGCUUCAGAGAGGAUCGUCGCAGAAGAUCUGUCGAACGGACUCGUCGUGAGUCUCCGGAACGUCGUCGCGAUUCGCCAAAGCGCCGCCGUGAUUCCUCAGAACGUCGUCGUAAUUCCCCAGAACGUCGUCGUGAUUCGCCAGAUCGCCGUCGUGAAUCUCCGGAACGUCGUCGCCAACGCUCCAGAAGCGACGAGAGGCAGCCGAAACGUGACAGAAACAGAAGCAGAGAACAGGAGAAAAGACGUCGUUACGAUUCAGAUGAUACAGAUGAGGUGGACAGAAAGAAAGUGAGAUCGACAGUGAAGAGGGCGAAAGUGGUAAAAAAAUGUCAUUUUUGAAAAAUUUCUGUAAUCGAAUUUUCAGGACGAGAUCGAGGUGAAACAAGAGCCACUGAGUGAUCACGAGGAGUUUGCUGCUAACAAAAAUCUGGCUCCAGUCCGUGUGGAUUCGCCGGAUCGCCGAAAAAGCCCGAAAAAGAGCAAUCAAGGAAGAAAGGCGGCGAGCUCGUCGAGUUCUUCUUCGUCUUCGUCAUCUUCCGAUUCUUCAGGAUCGUCAUCAUCGUCAUCCGAUUCGGAGUGA